AUGACAGCAAUAGACCACACAUCCUACCCAGCUAUCAUUGACCUAGUACUCUCGUACGCGUCCCCGCAAGUCCUCCUCGCCUUCCGCAGCACCUCGAAAGCCCUCCAACGACGCGUCGAUGCGCCGUUCGCCCAUGUGGUGCUCAAGCCUCAGGUGGUCGGCCCAGCGCGGAAGGGCGUGCAGAGCGCCUCGAUACCGAUGGUGCUGAGCACGCCGUCGUCUCCACCCCUCCCUCUCCCCUGGUUCCCGUUUGCAGUCGGCGUGCUGGACCACUGGGGGGACCGCAGCCUCCAGCUUCGCCGGCUUGAGCACACCCCCCGACUGCAUACGCUGCGCCGGUUCAACCACGCCGUCUUGGUUGACACUGUGGGGGCGCAGCAGCCCGGCCUGACACUGGUCGACUUCAUCAACGUCACCGAGUGGGAGUGGCUCGCGUCCAUCCAAAUGCCUAGGCCCCCGGGCACGACUCGGAGCGUCAUGCACCUCAAGUACGACGGGUCGAUGGAGAAUGUCCUGUUCACGCAGAUCAUGGUUAUGGACAGCGCCGACUGGGAACAUAGCCUAGAGUUUGUGUUCGUCCUCUGGCCGACCGACGACCCAAACGAAGACAAGCCGGCGGCGGGACGCCUCGAGUUUCUCUACUCGGCAAUCUUGAGCUCGUUGGCCGGCUGGGACGGCCAGGAUAUCACCAUCACCGUCGUGGGUAUGGAAGAUGCGGACGAGAAGGAGCACCGUGACGCAGACCCCGACGCGCUGUGGGACCACAUCCCGAGAGAAAUGGCGUACUUGUGGGAAGACGAUGACGGGGACUACGAUGGCACCUACUCCAUGGCCGCGGUGAGCGACCCGUUGCUGAACGCAGCUGCGCGGCGGGUGACACGUUUCCUCACGCGCGAGGAGUGGUGGAAUGAGCUGGGGGAUAAGAAGGAGAUCGAGGGUGUCUGGCCGGCUGAGGCUUCCUUCCCAGGCAUCGUCGACCAGAUCCUGUCACACGCAUCGCCCAAGACCCAACUCGCACUCCGUAAAACGUCGAAGGAGUUCAAGCUACGCGUCGACGCGCAGUUCAAGCACGUCGCGCUCCAGCCGCGUACCAAGGCUGACGACGAUGCGCUAGACGAUGAGAGCGACGACGACGAGUGGCUCGAUACUCCGGCGCCGUCGUUGCUCCUCACAAUGCCGACGACCCCACCGCGAUCCCUGCCAUGGUUACCUUGCGCGAUCCAAGUCCUCGACCUCUACGGUCACCCCCUGGCGGAGAGCGACCCCGGGAGACGCCAAUUGCUCCAUGUCACCCGUCUCCACACGCUGCGCCGGUUUCAAACAUCUUUUACUCAUAAAGUCGGCAACCCACCGCCGGGAACGACCAUUGUCGACUUUGUCGAAGUGGCACAGUGGUCCAGGAACACCGCCAUCAGCGUCGUCAUACCGAAGGGCACGAGCCGGUUCGUCAUGCACCUCCGGUACGACGAGUCGGUUCAAAACGACAUCUUUACCGAGAUGGACGUCUUCUGCGUGGUGCCUGUCCGCGACCGUGUCUUCGUUCUCUGGCCGUCAACAGCCGGCGGGGACAAGCACGAACCAGCCUUCGGCAAGCUUGGGUUACUGCACCAUGCGAUUCUGAGCUCGCUGCGUAAAUGGGAGGGCGAGGAUCUGUCCAUCACCGUGGUGGGGAUGGAGGCCGCGGCCCACGUCAACGGCAGCCCGGACGAGCUGGUUACCCUUGACGAGGGGAUGAGGGCCGCUGCGCGCCGCGCGACGCGCUUCAUCACCCGCGAGAAGUGUCCCCCUGGCCUGUGA